AUGAAGGCUCUGUUUGUAGGCGAGGCAGACAUCCGGGAGCAUAGGGUGACCUUUGACGAACUAGUCAAGUUCAUCUCCAAGAAUUCCACACUUGCUACUUGCCCAGAGGUGUUGGAGUUCUUAGGUAAGGUACCACAAUGCACUACAAGUCUUUUCCAUACAGGUUUGAGAAAUGUUGACUUUUCCAUACAGUUUUGAGAAAUGUUGAUGUGUAAUUAAUAGCUCUUUACAACUAAAUAUGCCACCAUGCACUGUUGGCCGGUAAAUAACUUGUUUGAUUUGCUUGUAUCUGACCAAAACUUGCACUUGCUAACUCAUUCACCUACAUUAAUACCACCCCUGCCAUCUCAAAACGUUCAACUUUGGGGAUUACUACUAUUACGACUGCACUGCACCAAACUACCAAAACACUUGCAUUUGAUUGAAAUGAUUCUUUGAACAAUGAGGUUACUGUAUACCAAGGUGCUCAGGGGUUCAAAUUCAAGAUGCAUGUCAGUGCAUCUGCCUUGCUAGUUAUUAUUGAAAGUUAUGAAUUAUGAACCAACAGAAAAAAUGUACAGUAUUUCCCUUUAAUGUAGAAGUUGCUUUAUUUAAUCAAGAAUAUAAUAUCAUAAAGAAUGUUUGGCUCACAGUUAAUAUUUUUACAGGAGCAAAGUCCACAGUAGCAGAUUUGAAAAUCAGGAAAGUUGCAGAUUGGAAGGACCAGGAUAAAUAAGAAGGUUUUAAUUUAUUUGAAAGGGAUGAGACCCCUGCUGCUGAUGCCAGAGUAAUUAAACAUGUUCCACCAGUGAAGUCUAGUGAAGAAGAGGAAGAAGAUGAUGAUGAGUACCUUGGACCUCUAGGCAAUGUAAAGUAAGAGCCUUUUUGAGGUUGUGUUCAUCUUAGAUGUUUUUCUCAAUGGGUUUGGCGUCUUCUCAUAUAUCUAUAUUCUGGAUCAACCGUAUGAAGAGAAAAGAUCAUUCCAGGCUGUAAGGCAACAAAAUGUGAAAAUUGAGAUACUUUCUACGGGCACUGUUUGAUAUUUAAUGCUAUCGGUCACCCUUUCCCCCAGAUGCACGAGGGAGAAGAAAAAAACACCUCUACAGGCUAAAGUGGCUACCCAACCGAAGUUUUCUCUGUUUGAUGAGGAUAUAGACGAAUUGUUUCAACCUGCAGCUAAAGACAGUAUGAAUAUUUAAAUAUAGAUUGUGUGUUCCUUUUAUUGCCUCCAUAGGAACUGUCAUAACAAUGUCAGAAGAUGUCUACAAACAGUCUCAUUGGCAGAGAUUCCAGACUGAUAUAUAUCAGAUCUGGUCCCAAGCAAGCCUGCCUAUUGUCCAACAGAAGUUCAACUUAUAUCUUCAUAUAUCUUUAUUGUGCUAACAGGCAUGAACAGCUGUUUAAGGAUCCAGACUUGGCAGGAAAAGUGAAGUUGGGGGACCCUUUACUACUUCCAACAGCAUACAAGGAUGUGGCAUCUGCAGAUUCAGGACUGGAUGAGGAUGCAGAUGAACUUUUCAGGUAUACAGUAUUUUUUUUAUAUUUGCGAGACAAAGAUAAGUGUUUAUGACAACAUUUUAUUAGCCUUUGAACGUUGUCCUUGUUUCCCUUUUCAGAAUAGAAGACAACUUUGACAAGCUCCUCCAGGUCAAGAAAAGUGUCAAGGCAAAGCCAGUUCCUGCCCCCAAACCGGCCUCGAAGCCAAAGCCAGCAUUGCCUGUGAAGCCCUCCUCUCUAGCCUCAGGUGAUGGGGGCUCGGUUGUAGAUGAGGUGAAGUAUCAAAUGGACAUCCUCAAGUAUAUCCAACAAAAUUAG